AAUAUAUGAAAUUUGGGAGUGAAAAUGAGUUAAUAAAGAAAGUCUUGUUUUUGUCACUGAAGCAACAACACUACCAAUACAAUUCAUAGUUGGGUUGGGUGUUGUAGCUCUCUUCGACUGUCAUAAGGUAUAAUAAUGCUACUUCAAUCUAAUGCUCACAAUUGUCAAACCAAGCUUUAUAUGCAAUUAAAUAAAGUAACUUCUUACAGCAAUUGGUUUACAUAUUAGGUCUUAUUCUCUAAUUAUUUUACAAUAACCCCUCUAAGUUUCUUACCAUUAUAUAUUUAGGCAAAGGUUCAUUACAACUGUGAAAUAAAAUUUACUUGGUACAGACAAACAAACAGCAACAGUGUCGUAGAAGCUAUGUUUCCGCAUUUCAAGUCGAAAAAAUGCAAAACCGCAUUGAAGCUUGCGGUCUCACGGUUGAAUCUUUUGAAGAACAAGAGAGAAUUGCAUGUGAGGCAGCUCCGGGAAGAAUUGGCUCACUUGCUUCACUCUGGUCACAACCAUGCUGCCAGAGUCAAGGUUGAAUACGUGGUGAUGGAAGAGAAGAGCAUGGGAGCAUACGAUCUUAUUAAGAUAUACUGUGAACUCAUUACAGCACGUUUGCCAGUGAUCGAAUCACAAAAAAACUGCCCCAUGGAUUUGAAGGAAGCGAUUUCGAGUGUAAUAUUUGCGUCCCCAAGAUGUUCGGAUAUACCUGAGCUUGUGGAUGUGAAGAAGCACUUUACGGCUAAGUAUGGAAAAGAGUUUGUCUCAGCAGCUGUUGAAUUACGCUCUGAAUGUGGUGUAAAUCGUUUGUUGGUUGAGAAAUUGUCUCCCAGAGCACCAGAUGGUCCAACCAAAAUCAGAAUACUGAUUGAAAUUGCAGAGGAAUAUAAUGUCAGAUGGCAACCGUCUUUAGAAGAAAAUUAUGAGAAAUUGUCUCACGAUUUACUGGCUGGACCAAGCUCCAUUUAUGGUAUUAAUUUGCCACCAGUUCUAGUGGAACCUCCACAACUUCGUGAUCCACUUGUAGGUGAUGAAGAAGAACCUCCUAGUUUACAAGCUUCUUGUGAACUUAAAGAAAUGCAAGAUAAGUCUAGAAGUUUUUGUGAGAAGAAUGGAAAAGUAAAUUCUUCAGGUACUAGAAAUCAGGAAGUGGAUUUUGGAAACUUGUGUUGUGAAAACAUGAGUGAUUUCCAAAAGGGUAGACAUAACUGGGAGAUGGAAUUCAAGGAUGCUGCAACUGCUGCACAGGCAGCUGCAGAAUCUGCAGAACGUGCAAGCGUGGCUGCAAGAGCAGCUGCUGAACUUUCCAACCGUGAAAAGUUAACAAGGCAGUGUUCAGGUGAAUGGCAGAGUUCUUGUAGAGGAGGGUUCAGAGCUGAAUUAUCUCUACAAUAUGCUUUUCAUUCUUCCAAACAUCUUUCUGCUGGUUAUGUCGCUAACACAUUCCGAAGAAGCGCUUUUGAGAUUAAUGUAACAGAACAACAUAGCCUGGUAGGACAACAAAAUGAACAUUUCAUGAAUGGUAAUGAUAAUGUGGUGAAGCCUUACCAGAAAGUGCAGGGUGAAGCAAACAAGGAAUCGAGCGGAAGUGGCUCGGAUGCAUACUUAGAUUCUGAUACUACUGAUUCUGAGGGUGGAGUUUCUGAACAAAAUUCAGAUAUUCUUGCGCAUUCUUCAAAAACUGCAAUCAUACCAGAUAAGGAAGAGACUUCAAAACCAUUAAACUCAAAGGAGAAGGCACCACAUGUUCAUCCAAACUUACCUGAUUGUGAUACCUUCGCUGCACAAUUUCUGUCUCGUAAGAAACAUUAUUAAUAGAAUUAUAAGUAUGAAUUUAAGUCUUACAUUGAUAUAAAUGAAAAAGUAGAACAUCAUAUAAAAUGGAUUGAAGAUGUAUUAAACUAUUAUUUUAGAGUUUAGAGCAGAGAGUAAUGUCAAUUUCUUAUGUGAAUGAUUGGAGACGAUGUUUUGUUUA